GCCGAGAGCUACUGGAUAGAAGUUGAGCAAAUUGUCAUUUAAUUCGGAAAUCUACUUGGCUAAUUGUUAUUGCUAUACUUUUCUUAAAUAUUUUUUUUUAACUCAAUGUCCAAUCUAUCCAAACGUUUUCCUCUCUCGUUUCAACAAUCGCUGAUAGGACUGGGACAUCACGUGACCAUUCGACGAGUUUUAGUUCAAGAAUGCGUCUGCAACUGGUUAUAUGCAUCGUUUACGUAACAAUGAUAGAAGGACGAAGAGAUUCUUGUUCGUCAAUUUUGAAAAGAAUUUAUCAAGUAAGUAUCGAAGAUGUCACUCAAAAGGCACUCGAGGGAGAUUGGACGUCGAAUAGAUGCGAAGUUCGACCAGGUCCGGAAUAUCUCCUACGAAGAUAUACAAUAUACAGGAAUAAUAUCUAUAGCAUUAAUCAAUUCUAUUACGGUGACGCCGAAUGCGCUCAUCCCCUUUUUAGCAUCUACGCUCAGGGAUAUUGGAAAGUAUCCCAAACGGAGAGUAUUGCUAAUCCAGGCGCCUACAGAGCUACCUAUGAAAAUUACCAAGUUUCAAUAACACCAUUUACAAAUGACGUUGCUCUAAAACUCUAUCAAUUAGCAAAUGACACUUGCGAGGAAAAAAAAUGGUUAGCAUGGAAAGCUGGUCAAACCAUUGAAAUUCAAGGCAAUAUGAAAUACCAUGAUAGAGACGUUGAUUUUGAUUGUCUUCACUCAUUUGAUUUCACGCUUAAUGAACUACAGCUAGUUAGAGUGGAAGAAGAAAAACAACGGCAUCGCCUUACCAGGCGUCUAUUGUUAGGAGACGUACAUACUGAAAGAAAGAAUAGAAUAACGCAUAAGCCAAAUUCAUUUCAAACUGCUUUAAUAUCAGCUGACACACCGAAAUGCUCAAUCUGCAAAAUUAUCAGCAAAUCAACUAGCCUUCGUCCACCAUCACUGCACCACCACCGGCAGAAUUUCUAUUUAACGAAACUUUCUCAAAAAAGUGAGUGGCUAAGUGAAAGGUGCGAAUCGACGCGCUUUUCCAACUUUUUAAUAAGGCAUCUCAUACUAGAGGAUAGAUUUCAAUGGAAAUCAAUUUAUCACUAUUACUCUGAUGUAAUCUGUAAGAGAAAACUCUACACAAUAGUUACGAGUGGUACUUGGGAGGAUUCUGGACCGCAUAAACACAUGACUGGUACUAGAAACGUUAUUUUUAACGCCUUCUCUGCUACUUUGAAAGUGACGGAAAAAAGUAUAGCGACAAUAUUAAAUGCCGCUAAAGGAUCAGUCUGCGGAGACGGCAGUUAUUGGCAUGUAGGAAGUCAGAAAGAUUUGACAAUUUCAAACGGUUGUCCUACUCUCGGAAUAAGUCUACCAUAUACAAUCUACGAGAUAAUUCGAUUAGAAAAAAGGUUCAAUUUUAUUGAAUUAUUCCUUGGGAAGCACACAACCAAUUGGAUCUCAACUAUUAAUUAUAGGCCUACAUCCUUCCAGGAACCGUUGAAAUUUUGCGGUAAUAAUAACAUUCCACUCAAUUAUAAUCCAAAAAAUUAUAUAUGGAGAAGUCACUUGCAUGCAAAAUCUCAAGGAAAUGGAUGCAAAACAGAAAUAUUGACAUUGGCAGCCAUAUUUUGCUUAAUACGAAGCUUUGUCUAACAUUUUUUUUUUAGACACUCCAGCGUCAUUUUCACAAUUGACUAAGAAGAUUAACAAUGAGCUUGUUAUUAGGAUGAAUUUAGAAUCGAAUUACGUAUAAAAAAAUCAGUAUUUUCUUGUUUAUAUAAAAAAAACUAUUUCUCUCUCUCUCUCUCUCUCUCUCUCUCCUCUUCUCUUUCUAUC